AUGGAGAAUUGGAAUAAUACACCUUCUUGGCACUCUAUUUACAAGCUAAGCAAGGAAGCCGUGGCGAAGAUAAAAUCCAUUGAUGAACUCCUACCAAAGAAGUUAUAUAAUGUAUCUAAUCCAGCUCCCCUUCCAACGACGGAAUCCAUUUACAAGGGAGAUUUUAAUGUCUUUGAAUCCACCAAGUUGACAAUGGAUAAAGUCAUGGAGGCAUUGAAAGAUGAAAAUAUCCAUGUCAUUGGGGUGUAUGGGAUGGGAGGUUUGGGAAAAACUUCCCUGGUGACGGAAGUGGGUAAACAAGUGGAGAAAGAGAAACUUUUUGACAAGGUCGUGAUGGCUGUGGUGUCACAAGAACCAAACCUUAAAGAAAUGCAAGGUCAAAUUGCAGACAUGCUAGGUUUGAAAUUUGAAGAAGAAAGUGUGAAGGGAAGAGCGUUGAGGCUAUCAAAAAGGUUGGAGAAAGUGGGGAGCAUUCUUGUCAGCUUGGAUGAUUUUUGGAAGAAGUUGGAUCUGGGAGAAUUGGGAAUUCCAUUCGAUGGCAACAAGCACAGGAUGGGCUGCAAAAUCCUACUCACAACACGGCGUCAAGAUGUUUGCCAUGCAAUGAAGACCCAAGAAGAUAUUCCUCUUAGCAUCUUAUCUGAAGAUGAUGCUUGGGAUUUGUUUAGAAGGAAUGCAGGUGAUGUGGUGGAAAAUGACGCUUUGAUCAAAGAUGUUGCCAAGGAUGUGGCGAAGGAGUGCGGGGGUUUGCCCAUAGCAAUUGUAACAGUUGCGGGAGCACUACGGGAUAAGAGAGAUCGACAAGAAUGGGAUUAUGCACGAAGGGAACUUCGAUUGUCUGAAUUUCAAAAUAUUGAGGAUUUAGAUCCAAAAGUGCGCUCGUGUUUGAAAUGGAGUUAUGAUUAUUUAAGGGAUUUGGAAGCCCAACGGUUGUUCUUGCAUUGCUGUCUUUUUCCUGAAGAUUAUCUUGGUAUUGACAUUGAUGAACUAAUACGAUACUCUUUUGGAGUGGGACUUUUGAAAAAUGUUGAAACAAUAGAAGAUGCAAGAUACAGAACUCGUAGAAUUGUAAAUAAGCUUAAAGCAUCUUCCUUGUUGUUACAAGGUUGGAAUGAAAAGUUUAUCAAAAUGCACGAUGUUGUUCGUGAUGUGGCCAUCCAUAUUGCAUCUAGUAAGGGUGAACAUGAUGAAUUAUUCCUGGUGAGAGGAGGUAAUUUGGAGGAAUGGCCAACAAUGGAAUCAACAGCAGAUUACACAGCCAUCUCAUUGAUAUAUUAUCGAAUAAAGAAGCUACCUAAUUCAUUGGAAUUUUCAAAACUAAGGACUUUAGUGUUGCGUCGUGCUUAUGUCCAAAUGGAGAUUCCAGACACUUUCUUUCAAGGGAUGAGAGCACUUAGAAGUUUGGAUAUGAGUUUUAAUGACCGGCUUUGCAUCCUACGAUCUUCAAUACGGUGGCUGACAAAUCUUCGAACAUUAAAUCUACAAGGAUGCGAGGACUUAGAAGACAUAUCUAUGCUUGGAAAUUUGAAGGGACUUUGUUAUACUCAACUUAAGUGGAUGCGGAUCCAUACAUAG